AUGUCAGACUCAACCCUCUAUCUCUACACCUCCCUGACCGCGGGGUCAUCGCACAUCAUCACAGCAACUUCCCGAAUUGAGACAAUCCUUAAAGCGAACAAGCUCCCCUUCCGUGCCAUUGAUGUCGCCACUGAUGAAGCUGCCCGGAAACUUUGGGGCCGACGCUCCAAGGGCAAGAAGCUGCCAGGUCUAGUGAAAUACGGCGAUAUCGUCGGAGACCUAGAAGAAGUCGAAGAAUGGAACGAGUUCGGCGAACUACGCAUGGUAGUAAAUAGUGUGCAGGACCUCGGUGGUAUGCAGGCUACCAGCAAUCCCAUUCCUGCGACCGAGACCAAGACCGAGCCCCAACCCGCUACUCCCAAACCCUCUACGAUUAAAAUCCAAAACCCUCUCGCGACCAAACCUGAACAUAAGAAAGACGAUAUGGCCGUGCUGGCUUUGCGCCAGGCCAGUACCGAGGCUGCCUCUAAGGCGAAGGCCAAGUCCGAUGAUAAGAAGGAGCCUGCCAAGGAAGAGGUGCCUCUCGCCAGCCGUGCGCACCGGGGCUCCGUCGCAUGCGAGUUGCCAGACGAUGCGCCUGGUUCACCGACUCCCAAACGUCCGGCUUUAGUGCCCGAGAACGCGGCCAUGUCGUCCGCCAAUUUCCAUGUGGAUAACGCCGAGAUGCUUGGACUAGUGGGACAUCACCGUGGAUCCAGGGUCCCGACUCUUUCGAAUGCGGCAGAGGACGAAGGUGUCCACGAGCUGAGGAAAUCCAUCUCUCAAGAUUCUACGAACAACCUCGAUGCUAUUCGCAAGGAAGCACGUGAGGCUGCACAGACCCAAUCAGGAUCACCGAUUGAGGAGGUGCCGACUCCGCUCGUUGACGAUGCGGUCGUUGUCGAAACCAAAGAAGAGCUCAUGGAACCCAAUGAGCCCAAGGGGCAGGCCAUUGCGGAGGUCAUGGCCAAGGCUGUGGAAGAGCCUCAGGAAACCCAGGCGGAGAUUAAGAAGGCCCAGGAGGCCGUGGAGGCUAGUUCCCCAAGGGGCGCUUCACCAAAGGGCACAGAUGUGAAAGAUGAUACCAAGGAAAAUGCGGCACCCGUUCAGGCGAUUCCCAAGUCGGCGGAGUAG